AGCAUGAAGCACCAAUUGGCGAAUUAAGUUGGAGGGAAACUCUUCUAGCCGUCCAUUCAGUAUCGAACGGCCAUGAUCAUUCACACACCAAAAUGUUUUUCUUUACUUGGAAGCUUUUAGCAAAAGAAACCCAACUUCAAGGAGAAACGGAGCAGAGCACUGCAAAAAGAGAGACAGUUUUGGUUGAAGAUAACCUAUUUUCUUGUUAUUUUUGUUUAAAAUUUUCAGUUUCUUUAGCUCUCAAAGAUUGCAAAAUCUAAACUCUGAUUUUUUAUUCUUUGAGUUUUUCACUCGAAUUUUCUUUUGUAUUUUUGAUUUUUUCUGAGAAAUUCCUACUCUUUCUUUCCAAGUCUUUGCUGCCAAAUGUAAACGGAGUCUCCUCCCUGCUGAUUUUGAGUCCAAUUCCAUCGAACCCAUCCCGUUAUUUUUAGAUCUCAAGGUCGAGGGAUGGAAAAGGAAGCCAAGGGUCAAAGAGGGCACAGCAACAAUAGAGCUGCAGAGGACUUUGGGUUGCAAUGGGGGAACAGAAAGAGGCUUAGAUGUGUGAAAGUCAAAGACCAAAGCUUAGCCAACAAAUUGGACUGUUUGGGGAAGAAGAAAAUCACUUCUCGUGUCGAUCGACGCGUGGUUGGCACUGCGGAGAGAGACUCGGUUUCUCCGCAGCCCCAUCGAUCCAACAAGAACCCUGACUCACCAAUGAAUCACCGGAAGACAAUGGUGUCAUCACCAGAGAAGGAAGAUCGAUAUUAUACGACUAGAGGUUCAUUGGGUUUGGAUGAUAAUGGGAAGGUGUUGAUGGAUCAUGUAAAGGACGACAGGGGGUUUGUUUGGCCAAAGCUGUUUAUUACACUAUCUAGCAAAGAAAAGGAGGAGGAUUUUAUGGCCAUGAAAGGCUGUAAGCUUCCUCAGAGGCCCAAGAAGAGGGCUAAGUUGAUACAAAAAAGCUUACUUUUGGUCAGUCCAGGUGCAUGGCUAUCGGAUCUGUGCCAAGAGAGGUACGAGGUGAGGGAAAAAAAGUCUUCAAAGAAGAGACCUAGAGGAUUGAAGGCCAUGGGAAGUGUGGAUAGCGACUCAGAAUGACAAAUUAAACGACCAAUAAGGCUGGCAGGGAAAUUUGAUUCUUCUGUGGUCAAGCGCUAAGUUAAAGGAAGACAACGCGGUGGUUUUGGGGGGGUGGGGUGGUCUCUCUCAUAUUUGUAACUUCUGUAGAAAUUUCCCUGCCAGUUUAACUUUUUGGAAAUAAUUUUCGCCCUCAUUGUUCCAUUUCCUUUAAUAAAUAUGCAUUUGUCCACUUUUGAUGCAUGCUUUGUAUUGCGUCGAUUUUCUUAUCACGGGUAAUCACAGAAGGAUUCUGGCUUUAGAUUUUAGGUCGGGGAAUACGACCCCAGAUUCCUUGCCACUGAAAUGGAAAUCGGGUUGUCACAGGAUGUGAUAUUUUCUAAUGCUUUCUGAAUUGGGAUUCAAUGCAAUGAGAUGUGGCGGAAUUCAGUUUUUGUUUUA